GGUCCUCACUGGUCUGGGCGGCCUCACAGUGGGCUGGGCUGGAGGUCCCAAUAUUCAAGGCUCACCAAUGAAGGACAGUCUCUGGAGCAAAGCAGAGCUUUAUUGAUGGUUGCUUGAGGGAAUCCCCUUAUUCAGUCCCUCCCAAAUCUCUUUAAAGGAUCCCAAAGGGAGGUGAUGGGUGACCACCAGUCAGUAAUAUCCUACACGCCAGUUUUGGUCCAUUAGUUUCUGAUUCCAUUCUCCUCUAGUUUACCAGUCACCAUCUUAACGCAGACCUCGGUUGGUGUCAGUAGAACGUUUUGUUUGGAUUAAGCCAGUCUUUGUUGCCCUUUUGUAUCUCUCUCCGUCAGCAUUUAUUGUUCUAGGUGAUUGACCUUUCACCCACUGUCUGCCAGCUGAGCUCACAAUUGAGGGAGGCCUGCUAGGCCCCAAUUAUUACAACAGUGGCACCCUCAAAGCAAGGGAGGGAAUCCUCACUCCUGGAGAGAUGCCAACAAGAGAAGCAACCCCGGCCUCUUCCUCCUAAAGACCAAAGGGAAAUGAAGGAAACGUGACCAUUAAACUUGGGAAACCGGGAGGAAAACCCCAAAGGGGAGAGGUUGGUUGGGGAACCUGCACUUGUUUCAAGAGUGGAGGCAGGAGGCCGGUGGGAGCUCCUCCCAUGAGAGUUAGGGGACAGGGCUCUCCUGACACCCUGUCAGGGGAUGGCCAGGAGUGAAUCCCAGGAAUCGUGAGUACCAUCCAGGAGCGAGGCCUUCCCCCGCCCCGCACUAGAGUCCCCAGACCCUAGGGCCUGUGUCUCAGCUAAGCUGCCUCUUUGAACGGGCUGUGGUUUUGCUGGAUUCCUGGCUCCUUGCCACACACAGGAAGACAUGGGCUGUCACUGAAAUAUGCUGACAAAGUUGGGCUGAGGCAGCUGCCUGGCUGGCUCCCACAGUGCACUUUUUGCGGUGCUGCCCAUCAGGACCUUGUCUCCUCUCGGCUUCUUUCCCUCCAGUUUCCCACGGUUUGGAGCUGAACUGCGGUAACGGCUGAGGGAGGUCAUGGUAUGGCACAUAGAUCUUCUCUGAGCAGGGCGAGUCAGUGGAUAGCAUCGUUCCCUCCACAGUGCGUCCUACUGCGGGGUAAGAGAGAGAGGAAUGCACUCCUGACACCCGCUUCAUCCCAGCGCAUGAGGGGCCAGAGUCCUUGGAGCUGUAGCCUGGCCCAUGUUGCUGCAGACGCUAUUCUUAUUCAGACAGUGCAAAGGUAUCCAGCAGCCUGGAAGGAAGGGGCUAUCAGAGUGAAUACGGCUGGUUCCCGCCGGCAUGGAUGGUGUGCCCCGUGGGCUACAGACUUGGGUUCGUUGGUAGGAAUCCUUUGUGCUAGCGGCAUCAGCAGGUAGCAUUCCCGUAGAGCCGAGGCCUGGCAUUCAGAGAGAAGCCAUGACUGACGCCCCGGACAGCACGACGGGCCGGAGGUCUCUCACGCUGAAGCGCAGGUUCCUCUGGAAGCUCCGCCAGAAGUGGAAGCUCCUGGGCCUCUUUGAGAUCAACGGGGAGCACGAGUUUUAUGACCUGACCUGCAUGCUGAAGGUGGGGCUCAGGGCUGCCAUCCAAGAGGCCAUUGACAACCCGCCUGUGGAUGCCCUGAGCGACGCGGACUGCAAGGCCGUGCUGAAGCAGGCCCAUGAGGGCUUUGAGAUGCGUACGUAUGGUGGCCCGGCCUUUGCUCACUUCAGGCACUCACUGGGCAUAACGGAGAAGGAAUACCAGCUGUCCCUGUCCUCCCAGAGCUCCUACCUGCAGUUCAUCAGCAACUCCAAGAGCAAGGCUGACUUCUUCCUGACGAACAACAAACGCUUCUUCCUGAAGACGCAGAGUAAGAGAGAGAUCCGGUUCCUUCUCUCCAACCUGCCCAAGUACAUCCAGCACCUUGAGAGAUAUCCCCACUCCCUCCUCGUCAGGUUCCUGGGGGUUCACAGCAUCAUCAUGGCUCAGGAGAAGAAGAAAUACUUCAUCAUCAUGCAGAGCGUGUUCUACCCCGAUGAAAGGAUCCUUGAACGGUACGACAUUAAAGGGUGUCAGGUGAACCGCUGGACGGAGCCUGCCCCCGAGGGCAGCCAAGUCAUCGUGGUGCUGAAGGAUCUCAACUUUGAAGGAAAUUCCAUCCAGCUGGGUCAGCAGCGCUCCUGGCUCCUACGCCAGGUGCAGCUGGACACGCAGUUCCUGAAGGAGCUGAACGUGCUGGAUUACAGCCUGCUGGUGGCAUUUCAGCCCCUGCAUGCAGACGAAAAGGGCCAGAACCUGUCCUUCACGGACAUCAUCUUCAGGACCACCAUGUCCUUGAGCAAUCCCGAGAGCUCCCUUCUCACCUCGGUGUCAGGGAUUGUGGAGGAAGAGUCUGACAUUCUGGUGUCUGAGAUGGUAGGGGGAGUCGACCUCUACCGACUGCGUGAGCUGAACUUGGGGGUGGAGAACGUGAGCCUCCAAAGCAGCACCAAGUCUGACAGUGAUCCGGCCCACAUUCUGGCCCAGAAUCGACGCUUGCUGCCCCGAUGCAAGAGCCCUCUGCACUUGCUUGAUGGCCCGGAGUUCCGCUACUUCAUGGGCAUCAUUGACCUGUUCACCGUGUACAGCUUCCGCAAGAGGCUCGAGCAUCUGUGGAAAUGCAUCCGGUACCGGCAUCAGACCUUCUCCACUGUCAGCCCCUCGGAUUACGCCAGGCGCCUCUGCCAGUGGGUGGAAUCACACACUGUAUGAGUGGGGCCCUGCACCGGGGCUGAAACUGAUGGCAGCUUCCCAGACUGCCCCACUCACACACUGGGAGGGUUACAAGCCCACAGACUGCUGCAAACUGCCUGCUGCUGAUCGCUUGCACCACCAGGAGGCAGGCUUAAGGCAGCAGUGCCGCUGUGUUACAGGGGUGCUGCGGAAGGAACAUUUCCAGCAUCCUGAAGGCAGGUUUUUGGCAUCAGAACUGAAGAGUCGGAGGGGCCGUAAUCACUCGGGCAGCAGCUGUCCUGCAGCGUGCUGCGGGGAUGGGGUCAGUAGGUGCCACAAUUGUCCAAGGAACCUAGUAAAUGGGGAAUCUGUGAACCAGUUUGCAUUGCUCCGACGUGGGGUGUCUCUGGGUGCGCUGGUUUGCAUUUGGGCAGUGAAAUAGCCCCAUCAAAAUCCGCUCAUGGUCCCCAGAUCCUCUCUUGGGACGAGGAUGCAACAGGAGGUGUGGAUGGACGGAAAGGGACGGCCUGAUCUCCCCUGACUGCAGGUGCCAUUUCAAUCCCAUAUGAACCCUAUUAAGGGCCGCUGGAGCAGUACCCCAUCUCCAUGGGCACCAAUCGGCACCUGCUGAACCAGAAGCAUGCUGGGAAGCUAAUGACAGGCUCAGCAGCCAGUUCCAGUUUGUGCAAUGAAGUAGCAUGUAGGAUAGGCAGAACCUUUAUCCUCAUCCUAGCCCCAUCAGUCCUAUGCCCUGAGCACCCUGAUACCACUAUCCCCGUGCUGGACUGCCUGUGAUCAAGGGCUAGGUCCUGAAAACCUACCCUCCCUGCUCUCCGAAGCCACUGUCUUAGUGCUGGAUUGGUUUUGAUCGAGGGCUACGCUCCCUGACUAUCUCCAAAGCUGGGUUGUGGGUAAUUAAGAGCCGGGCGUCACAGCAAAGCCGCACUCCCCCUGUGUUAGCUUGUCUGGGUGUAGGGAAGUCAGGAGGCUGUCUAGCAUUACCACAGCUCUUGGCCAGGAAAGUUUGGGACCCUGAGAAUGCUCCUUGAGUGGGGACUCUCUGGCUCAGCUUCUUGUCAACCCCCCGUUGAGUCAGUGCAGCUGUUGUGAUGGGCAUGCAUUAACCGAGGCGAGCUGCUGUUUGUGUGUGGACAUUCUGACUCCCUGUUGCCUCACGGCAGGAAUGAGAAAGCCCAUCCAGCAGCUGCCGAGCCUGGUGUUGGCGAUGCCGACUGAGGGAAGAAAACACUGGGAUUGCCCAAUCUGCAGGGGAAAACAUGGUUGUUUAAAAAAAAAACCCACAAGCCUUUGGCCUCAGAGCCCAACCAGAGCCUUGUUGGGGAGGUCAGUUAAAAGGAAAAGAAUAAGUGGCAGGGGCAGGGGGAUCUCUUAAUAAAAACAAAUAAUUUUAAAGCAGGGAUUCCUUCCUGCAGUCACCCAAGAGAGUGCAGCUUCCUGGUCUUGUCUAGCAAGGAAAUUCCAUAUUUGAACAUUGACACCUGCCACAAUGCCAAAAAAAAACCAGUCAAAAGAGCAAGUGCAUGAAAGAGACAAGGUGGGGAAGGGGCAGCACAGUCUGGCACGUCGCUGAGAGUCAGGACUCCUGGGUUUUAUCCCUGGCACUGACCUUGGGCUAAAUCACAUCUUACUGUGCCUCAGUUUCACCAUCUACAGCAUGGGGAUAAACAUAUCCAUCUGCCUUACCAUGGGUGGGGUGAGGCUUCAUUCAUGAAUGUCAGCAAAACACUUUCAGCUUCUGGGAUUAAAGGUGUGACAGAAGGGCUUGUCAACACACAGAAGUUACAUCAAUUGAACUUGAAUCACUUUAUUUGUAUUAUGGGUAACACCUAGGAGCCUUCAGAGGGUAAGUCAAAUCUUCCACCACGAUGUGCCUAAUUCUGUCUAGAAAGAAAAAGGAACCUGACCUGGCUUUCAAGCAACCUUAUGGACUUAAAAAUCUACUAAGGAACCCCCUCCAGAGAGUCACUGCCUUUCAAAAAUGAUUUAAAUGAAUGAAAUUAGCUGGUUAGGGCUCAAUCUUAUCUCCUUACAUGUCCCAAAAUCCAGCUGGAGUCAGUGGACCAUCUUGUGGGACAUCUCAGACAAGCUAGCAACAGGGAAGAUGGUCUUGUGGUUAUGGCCCAGGACUGAACUGUGACAAACCUACUGCAAACUUUCCUGUACACCUUGGGCAAAUUGUUUUGCCUCUCUGGGCCUCAGUUUCCCCGUCUGCAAUAUGUGCCAUCUACUUCACAGGCACAGAGUGAGGCUAAUGUCAUUGGGCCAGUGGUGAAUUUGGCCUAUGAAUGUUUUUGCAGCAUUGUGAUGUCCUUGCAUGAAGAGCCCUAGAGUAAAACAAGUUUUAUUAGAAAAUGCACCAGGGUACAAUACUUCUGGUCCUGUGGGACCAGACUAGGGGACCUAAUGGGGCUUUCCAAUGGGCCCAGAGCAUUUUUAACCCCAUUUUGACAGAGAAGCAUCCCACAAGGGAACAAUAUCUCCUGGCUUUUAGUCCCCUCUGGCUGUGCCUCUGGGCUCAGUGAGGCUGAAUGCUCCCAACCUUCACAAAUACUUUCUCAGCAGCCCCCAGUGACCUGGGCCACACAGUCACACAGAUGAAGGCUGAAAAGGCUGUCCAAGCAUUGACCAAGAAGAUGUCCCCCCGCCCCCAAAGCUGUUCAGCCUUUGCAGAGAAUAAUCUCAGCUACGUGCUGCGUUGGCAGGGCUGCUGCAUGUUGAUACUGGGUGUGACCCACUCUGAAAUGACCUCUGCACAUGGCUAUGCAAAUAGUGCAGGAGAAAACUAUCCAGCAAAGAUCUCAAGCUCCCAACUCAUUUGUUUUAUCCUCUUUUGUGCAAACCAGGGAAAGGGAUUUACUGGAGCAGCAGGAUCUGGAGCUUCCAUUGCGUGUGCAUGUCAGCCCAGCUAAUGGCUUCUGUAAGAUAAAUCGAUUCAGAUAGUAUCGUUAACCAACUUAUUGGGAGUGGGCCCAAUCCCUCCAGCCUUACUCGGGUAAAACCCUCAAUGAGAGUCAUAGCAAGUGAGUAAAAAGGCUUCAGGAUUUAGCCCAAGAACCAUAGUUGUAUGUAUAAACUCCUACACACAUACACACACACGCUGCAUGGCUGAAAGACUAUUUUUGCGAUGAAAACAGGCACAGGCCAAGAGCUUCAGCUAGUGUCCAUCAGUGCCGCUCUGCAGAAGUUAAUGUUGAUACAGAUAACAAGAACAUCCAGAGUUACAUUUAGGCUUGGCAGAAUUCAAUUUUUAUUUCUUUAUAAAUUCGCUGGAUAAUAUCAAUGUUUAUUUUUAAGCAUUUUUUUUUAAUUUUAUUGAUUUAAAUUGUCAAAGUUGUGGGACAAUGAUUACUUAGUGACAGUAGAUGUUGAGAUUCAAACAGUUAAAGCUUUAAAACCCAAAUUGUUACCAUCACUUGACAAAAAUAUACAAAGUAUAGAUCCUUCAAUCAAAUUGUAACAAGUUCUCAAGCAGCAUUUUUGUUACUUUGCCUGUCAGAAAAUUUUUGAUCAUCAUUGAUGGAAAUAUGUUUUCAUUGUGUGUGUGAGGGGGUGAAAUUGACAUUUAUUGACAUUUACUGAUAAAACUCGAAUCCUUCAAAGCCUAGUUUUGCUACACAGGAGGCAAAAUUUCUAAGGCCGCAUGCAUCAGGGCAUAAACCACUCACUGAUGGAGAUUAGGAAGAAACAUCCCCUCUUGGCAUAACUGUCCAUUAUGGCGUAUAUUGCAUCCUCGUCUGACACUCCUGAGCACUGUGGUACUGAAUACCAGAUUAGAUGGGCUGCUGCUCUGAUCUGGAGUG